GUGGCCUCGUUCAGACCGGCAUAAAAACUAAUUCAGAACAGUGCGCAGAUUAUUACCAGCCAUAGGCACACGCAAUUGGGUCUCACAAAUAGACAGACAUACUGAAAGUUAACAUCUCGUUCAUCAAGUACGCGCUGAAUCCCACACAGAGAGUGAGAGAACCAAAGAGGCAGAGAAGAGCGUAAGCUUGCCCAGAACCGCAUCUGCAUCGAGUAAAAUCGCUUACCCCAAUUUCAUUUGGUUAGUAUGACGGCAAUAAUACUCCUGGUCUGCCACACCGUUCGCGAAAUCGUAGAUCUGUCAGAUGCGCUGUGGCAGAGCGCCUUUAACAUAGAGCGAAGUUUAAACUAUUACCGCGACAAGCGCCGCCUAGAGUUGUUUCGAUUUUAUUGCCGGGAAUUCUGGUUGCGUCAGUUCCGGAAUAAAUCUUAUUCAAUGCAGCGAAGGGCACACAUCGAUUUUGCUGCUAUUGAGGCAGGUGCAGAAUGCAGCCGAGAUGCGGAUACUUUUGAUGAUACAAGGAAGGAAAUGCAUUUAAUGAUUCAGCAGACAGAGGGCCGGCACCUUGCACCAUUGGAUUGCUUCAGCGACAUCGAGGUGGUGGAUGGUAAAGAGUUUAAAGCUUCAUUUUACGAAUAUGCAGAUGCUGUGCCAAAGUACUUUAACGACCAAAUUGGCCCGUUGAGCGAAGGGAUUAGUUUUACCGUUUCCGGUAAUCUAUCAGUAAACUGCGAGAGAUUCUCCAUCAAUCUUGUUCAUAACAAUGUGACUCGAGAUGUGGCACUUCACAUUAAUCCACGGCUGCCUCAAAACUAUAUUGUUCGCAACACCAAAGUACAGGACAUAUGGGGCAGCGAGGAAGUUUCCUCUGCAUUACCCUUUCUUCUAAGUCGCGGCGAUAAGUUUUCUAUUCAAGUGCUUGUUACUGAUGCGUGCUAUAUGAUAUCGGUAAAUGGUCAGCACUUUGCAACAUACACUCAUAAGAUACCUUAUAUGGAUGUCCAUAUUCUGGAAGUCAAAGGUGAUGUGAGUAACGUGGAAAUGCAGCGAACUUUGGUGUUAAGCUAUCCUCAACGAUUACCCGAGUCGGAGGCAAAGAACAUUGAGCUCCACAUAGAUGAUGACAUUGAUGAAAUUGAUGCUAGCGUCGAGGAGACUGUCAAAAUACCUCAUGAGUGGUGUCUUAUCAGCGCUCCGAUUACACAGUCGGACAGUUCGCCAAAGAGUACCCUCAGUUCAAACGAUCUUGGGCUUACCUUGCCUUAUUAUGGGGCACUGCCACCAGAUUCUUUGGUCGAAGGUCGAUGCCUGAAGAUUGAAGGACGAGUGCGUUUGCUUCCACACUCUUUCUAUAUAAACCUUCAAAAAGGGCAGGAUAUAUGGCCACAUCCGCAAAUAGCAUUCCACUUAAAUCCACGCUUUACGAAAGCAAGCAGCGGCGCCAUUGGAAAGGCCGUGGUGUGUCGUAAUGCCUGGCUUGAAGGUGCUUGGGCCCAGGAGGAACGUUCGGAGUUGGACACAAACUUCCGUCCUGGUCGAACUUUCAGUUUGGCCAUCGUGUGUACCAAAACUGCUUAUGAGGUGUAUGUCAAUCGGCAAUUCAUGACGGAUUUUAAAUAUAAGCUCAGCCCUGCACUGGUUGAUACCGUCUACAUACAAGGAGAUGUUAAACUUUGGAAUGUAACGAUGGAACAAAAUCCACUGAUUAAAGGCAAGAAUGUGCGCCUCUAUCACAACCCUUUGUACACUGAUGAGUACUAGUUAUCUUUGUCUUAUAUAUUUUUUUACUCUUGUUUUCUCAGUAGUUAAGCGACAAUAAUUAAGUGAUAGGCUGCUGUUUAUUAAUAACAUAAAAUAAAAAUAAUGUAGCAUUUUUUUAAUAACAAAUAAAGUUACGGGAAAUUCAAGCGAUUUCUAUUGUUGUAAAUUGGA